ACACUUUCGAGCACGAAACAAACACUAGCUCAGACCAGUCGAAGAAAGAAGCACAUCGUUCCGAGAGAAGUCGAGAGAGAAGACCAUCGCAAUGGCGUCGAGGCAGGACACCCACGAGGCACGCGCCGAGUCUGACGCGCGUCGCGCCGUGGAGGAGCUCGCGCGGGCGCGGGACGGGCACCUGGUGCAGGCGGAGAAGAACGCCCGGUCGGCCGCGGACGAGAUCGCGCGGUCCCGCGCCGACCGCGACGUCGUCGGUGCUACCGGCGCCGGCGCCGGCGGCAUCUUAGGGAGCGUGCAGGAGGGCGCCAAGUCCUUCGUGAGCGCCGUGGGCCGCACCUUCGGCGGCGCCAAGGACGCGGCCGCCGACAAGACCUCCCAGACGGCGCAGGCCACGGGGGACAAGCUCGGCGAGUACCGGGACUACACCGCCGAGAAGGCCCGGGAGACCAACGACAGCGUGGCGCGGAAGACCAGUGAGACGGCGGAGGCCACCCGGAACAAGCUGGGUGAGUACAAGGACGCCGCCGUGGAGAAGGCGCGGGAGACCAAGGACGCCGUGGCGCACAAGACGAGCGAGACCGCGGAAGCGACCAAGAACAAGCUCGGCGAUUUCAAGGACGCGGCAGCCGGGAAGGCGCGCGAGGCCAUGGACGCCACCGCGGACAAGGCGAGGGAGGCCGGGGACGCCACCAGGAACAAGGCCCAGGAGACGAGGGACUACACCGCCGACAGGGCCAGGGAGGCCAGGGACGUGACCAAGCAGAAGGCCGGCGAGUACACCGACGCAACCAGGGGCGCCGCGCAGGAGGCCAGGGACAGGUCCCGGGCCACCGCUCAGACUGCCGCAGACAGGGCCAGGGAGACGGCCGCCGGCGCCCACGACGCCGACAGGGGGCAAGCGGGGCCAGGCCUGCUGGGCGCGCUCGGGAACGUGACGGGCGCGAUCAAGGAGAAGCUGACGCUGGGCGGCAACGGAGCGGCGGAGCAGCUGCACGGGGCGCGGCUGGGCGGCGACGACGAGCGUGCGGCCAAGGAGCGCGCCGCGGAGAAGGUGGCGUCGGUGUACUUCGAGGAGAAGGACCGGGCGCUCCGGGAGCGCGCGGCGGAGCGGGUGGACCGGUGCGUGGAGAAGUGCGUGGAGGGGUGCGCCGGCUCCACCUGCGCGCACCGCCAGGGCAAGAUGUGAGUGCGCGUACGUGGCGCGCGACCGGGCGCUACGUGGCCCGGCCACCGGCCUACUGAGACGCCGUCCCUGCACGGGCAAAUAAUAAACUGCUACUAGUAGUCUCUAGCAGAGCUUCGUGCUUCAAGUUUUCCUUUUUUUUUCCCAUGCUUUCCACAAUGUUAAAUUUCCCACUUGCCUUUGUAACCUCUGGUAAAUGCUUACUAAUGAGAAGCUCUGCUUUUGGAAGU